CCUUUACGUAUCAUAAGUCAAAAGUAUAGAUAGAAGGGAGGUGUUGCCGGAAAUUAGAUUUUUAAAAAGAAUCGACAAUCCCUAAGGCAAAUCAAGACUAUUUGACCAGGUGGUGGCUUGGAAACGUUCUUAGAGCAACAACAGUGCACAUAUGUGUGUGGUUGUUGUUGAUUGCCUUUGAAACAAGGUCUCACUAAGUUUCUUCAUCCUCUGGAGUAGCUGGGGCCAGGUUCUGACUUAUCUUUUAAAAAUAAUAUACAAUCUCCCAUUUAGUGAGGUGAAAUUCCAGGUGGUAAGGGCAAGAGGCUUCUUGAAGGGGACGCGGCAGAUCUGGAGGAGGUAUGGAGGACACCUGGACAGACACAGUUGGUAAGUGCUGGAGGAGGUAGGGAAGAGCAAAGGGUGGUGCUGGCAUUAGUGGCAUGCCGGGAACAUUUUCCGAAACCAAAUGUUGCUGGGGCUAUGAUACAAAUACAUUAAAGAAGAACGGAAAACAUGUUCUAUGAUAUUAAGACCUUUAGUUCUAUGGAAAAGUGAUUUUUGUCUAGGCCGUUUUAACAUUUUCAUCCCCUGUAACUAAUGCUAACUCAAUUGGCCUCCUCUUUCCAUAUCCCCAAAUGUUGGAAUACAGGAACGCUUUCUGCCACCUCGCUCGCUCAGCGUGUGGCCAUUCCCAUGUAGGGAUCUUGGAAUAUAUGUUUUUCCUAACAGAUGCACAAAAAUUACCAACCCACAUGAGAAUCACCUUUUCUUCCUCUUGGCCUGAUUGAUUCCAGGUUUGUAAGCAAACACUAAGCUGGUGAGCAGUCCUUAAUUAGGAGAUGUUGUUAUAUUUUCCUAAGCAAUGGAUCUUGACCAGGGGGGUAAGCUCUUUGAGGAUGAAGAAUUUGUAAACGAGGUCUAGGAUGCAGCUAUAAAGUCUUUUUCUCUAGAGCUGAGAGGGCGAAGGGUGCCCGGGCCGGGCCUGGGAUUGGUCCUUUGUGGUAAUAAUGCAGCUUGAGGUUGGAAGGAAGAGUGGAAGCAGCCUGAGAGCAGCAGGGUUGCAGUCCGGGCUAGCCUGAGGCACACACGGUGCAGGCUGCAGGCUGUCCCACUCACACCGCCCACGGAAGAGAAAGAACCCAGGUCAGCCAGCCACUGCAGCGGGCUCGUCUCCGAGGGCGGGAGGCAGUGCGCGCGCGGGCGGGCGGGCGGGCAAGCGGGCGGAGGCAGCCAACGGCGGAGGCGCCCACUCCCCCGGUCCCUGUGCCCCGCCGCUCGUCUCCCGCCGCCGCCGGGCGCCCGCGCGCUCGGCUCUUUCCGCCGCCGCGCGCUGCCCCGUGCGCUCCGGCACCUUCGGCAAUUUCCGUCGGGCCCUGGCCGCCAUUUUCUCGCCGCUUGUGUGGCUCGCUGGCUGCGUGGCUCGGUUCUUGGGAGCGAAGCUUUGUCCGGUUCGGCAAUGGACGGAAUUGUCACUGAGGUUGCUGUUGGUGUGAAGAGAGGAUCUGACGAGCUACUCUCAGGCAGUGUUCUCAGCAGCCCCAACUCUAAUAUGAGUGGCAUGGUAGUUACAGCCAACGGUAACGAUAGUAAGAAAUUUAAAGGAGAAGAUAAAAUGGAUGGGGCUCCCUCUCGUGUACUUCACAUUCGAAAGUUACCUGGUGAAGUGACUGAAACAGAAGUUAUUGCUUUAGGUUUACCUUUUGGUAAGGUGACUAACAUCCUUAUGCUGAAAGGAAAAAACCAGGCAUUUUUGGAACUGGCAACAGAGGAAGCAGCUAUUACUAUGGUUAAUUACUAUUCUGCUGUGACACCUCAUCUUCGUAACCAACCAAUUUACAUCCAGUACUCCAAUCACAAAGAACUAAAGACAGAUAAUACAUUAAACCAACGUGCGCAAGUAGUUCUUCAAGCUGUGACAGCGGUCCAGACAGCAAAUACACCUCUUAGUGGCACCACAGUCAGUGAGAGUGCGGUGACUCCAGCCCAGAGUCCAGUACUUAGAAUAAUUAUUGACAAUAUGUACUACCCUGUAACACUUGAUGUCCUUCACCAAAUAUUUUCUAAGUUUGGUGCUGUAUUGAAGAUAAUCACAUUUACAAAAAACAACCAGUUUCAGGCUUUGCUCCAGUAUGGUGAUCCGGUAAACGCUCAACAAGCCAAGCUAGCCCUAGAUGGUCAAAAUAUUUAUAAUGCUUGCUGUACCCUAAGGAUUGAUUUUUCCAAACUUGUGAAUUUGAAUGUAAAAUACAACAAUGAUAAAAGUAGGGAUUAUACUCGACCUGAUCUGCCAUCUGGAGACGGCCAGCCUGCGUUAGACCCAGCCAUUGCUGCAGCAUUUGCCAAGGAGACAUCCCUACUAGGGCUUCCUGUUGCAGCUGUUCCAGGGGCUCUCAGUCCUUUGGCUAUUCCAAAUGCUGCUGCAGCAGCUGCUGCCGCUGCCGCUGGCCGAGUGGGCAUGCCUGGAGUCUCAGCUGGUGGCAAUACAGUCCUGUUGGUUAGCAAUUUAAAUGAAGAGAUGGUUACGCCCCAAAGUCUGUUUACCCUCUUCGGUGUUUAUGGAGAUGUGCAGCGCGUGAAGAUUCUGUACAAUAAGAAAGACAGUGCUCUGAUACAGAUGGCUGAUGGGAACCAGUCCCAGCUCGCCAUGAAUCAUCUUAAUGGGCAGAAGAUGUAUGGAAAAAUUAUUCGUGUUACUCUCUCUAAACAUCAGACUGUGCAACUACCUCGAGAGGGACUUGAUGAUCAAGGGCUAACAAAAGAUUUUGGGAAUUCACCACUGCACCGUUUUAAAAAACCGGGAUCCAAAAACUUUCAGAACAUUUUCCCUCCUUCUGCUACCCUUCACCUGUCUAACAUCCCCCCUUCUGUAGCAGAAGAGGAUCUGCGAACUCUGUUUGCCAACACCGGGGGCACUGUGAAAGCAUUUAAGUUUUUUCAAAGAGAUCACAAAAUGGCUCUUCUUCAGAUGGCAACAGUGGAGGAAGCUAUUCAGGCUUUGAUUGAUCUUCAUAAUUAUAACCUUGGAGAAAACCAUCAUCUGAGAGUGUCUUUCUCCAAGUCAACAAUCUAAGCACGGGAGAUGAAGAUGGCGGGCAGAUCCCAUUGUUGGUGUCAUCACCUAUUGACUGUUCAGAAAAGUGGGGACCAGAGUUUGAUUUUUUUCAUGCUGUUAUCAUUCCUUGGUUAUAAAAUGAAAUGGCAUAUGUAAAGGCAGAGUUGCUAACUGCUGUGUUUCAUCUGUUCAAUAGGGAAGCCAUUUUUGUCUGUUUAAAUUUUUAGUUUAAUUUUGCUUUUUUUUUUUUUUCCAACUUAGUUGACAUACGUGCCUUACAAAGGAAAACUAGUGUUGCUAUUCUGCAUUUACUAGGAAAAAGGAAUUGGUUGUUUAGGGCACAUCGUUAUGUGGGAAUUAAAAUAUGUUUGGGCAGGGGUGUGUCAAAAGGUUAAGUUUUUAUUUCUCCUGCUUGGAACUUUCUUUGAAUUAUUGGCUUAUCACAUUUCUUUCUAUUUAAUCUAAUAAGAUACUUGAUACUGAGAGUAUAAAACAGCAUUUUUAGUUUUUACUAUCUUAGGCUUUAUUGCUUUUGAAAACAUUGGCCUUUUGUAUCUCACAAAUCUGGUCUAGAUUCAGUUAUGAAUGUAGGCAUUAGUUAAAAUUAACAAGAUGCAGAGUAUUAAUUUCUUAAGACAAGUGAUUUCUGUAAGUUUGAGCCCUAUGUGGAAAGCAUUGUGGAACCUUAACCUUUUUGUACACACUCUUGUGGGACGUGUCAUAUAAAUGUCAGCACUAAGUAAUGUCUUGUUUGUGGCUGAAUAUUUUUCGUAGAUGUUUUUGAAGUUGACAUGACUUACGUGCAUUUAAAUAUAUAUUGCCAUCCUUAGUUUGUAAUUAAGAUUUGGAAAAUGGUUGUGGAUUUCUGAGCAUGUGCAGACUGGUCUAGCUAGUUCAGGAACUGGUGCAUGUAUUUUUCAAAGACAAAGAAAGUGUACUGCGAAAACUUGCAGGAAGAUUAAUUUUGUGGCAGUUUUCUAAAACUGACAACCAGGUGGGACCAAAGUUUAUGUGCCUUUAGUCUUAAUUUACCUUGCAUUGUAAUAUUCAGUUUUAAUAAAUCUUCAAAAUAUUUUGUAUUUAGGAAUAGAUCUGACUUUAAUAAAAACAUGGCUCAGAAUCUACAGGUCAAAUUUAUUUGAACAGUUCUUGUCAAUCUGAAUUGUUGAUUCUGUUAAAUGACCAAUACUUUUUGAAAUUGAUGUACUUAGUUUCAAGAUUCAUAGAUUCUGUUAUCUAUGUAGACAGAAUGGUCAUGUAUAUUUUCUAUUAGUUGAGUUUUUACAUCUUUAGAAAUGUAAAAUUCAGUAUAGUUUGAAAGCGGCACAAUUAAAAAUUAAUUUUCUAACAAAGUUGGGAGGUUUGAUGGUUGUUUAAUUUCACUUUGUGUGUACUCUGCUUACCUCUGUAGCAUGCUCAAUAAACACUUCUGUAGCUCUGUAUUCACCUUUUCUGUCUUUCUCUGCUGCCUUUUCUCUCUCUCCUUUGUUUUCACUCCACUGUGCUUCUGAGUUCAUGUUUACUCUGCCAGGGUGGGAAAGGAGUAAUACUAUCACAAUCCUAUGGCUUUAUACCAUAAAUAAAUCCAGAUGCUGUGAAAAUGCA